AUGAACGCCGGGAUUGCUACAUUCGAAAUGGAGUAUGAAUUGUGGAUUGGGGAACAGCGGAAGAAGGACGAUGAUCUUCGGAAAGUGUUGUUGACUCAUACGAGCGAUGUCGAGCUUCGUAUGUUCGUCGACAGUGGAUUGAAUCAUUACUACGAUCUUUUCCGAAUGAAGGCGGACGCCGCGAAAGCCGACGUGUUUUAUUUGUUGAACGGGUUGUGGAGAACUCCGGUGGAGCGGUUCUUCCAAUGGAUCGGCGGAUUCCGGCCAUCUGAGCUCUUAUACAUACUGAUACCACAAAUCGAGUUAACGGAUACGCAACUGGUGAAGGCGAGGGGUCUCCGGCAAUCAUGCGAGCAAGCGGAGGAGGCACUGAGUCAAGGAAUGGAAAAGCUUCAACAGACGCUAGCUCAGAGCAUCACAAUCGACAUAACCGGAGCCGGAAGUUACACCACACAGAUGAAUUGUGCACUCGAAAGGCUCGAAGCGCUUGAAAUUUUCUUGAAUCAGGCGGAUCACCUCCGGCAACAGACUCUGCAACAAAUGUAUCAGAUCUUAACACUUCGUCAAGCAGCAAAAGCAUUGCUUGCACUUGGUGAAUACUUUCAACGACUUCGUGUACUGAGUUCAAUCUGGUCUGGUCGUCCUCAUGAUCGCGCAACUUUACUUUCAUGAAUCAAUCUACUUUUUUCGAGUUUUCAUUAGCCGCCAUUAGCAAAUCUAGAGAUUUUUACUAGCAACUUUACUUUCAUAAAAUCACCUCAUAUCAAUCAAUCCAAUUGCUACUUUAUAAUCUGUUUACUCGUUUCGUGAACAAAAAUGUAAAUAUAAUUUGUAAUAUUGUGAGCAUAUAUAUGAAUGUAUGUAUGUAUAUCUAUAUAUGCAAGUUGCAAGAGGUCCGGUUUAUCGACCAUA